AAACUGGAUGAACCUGCGUGACGCUGAGACGGGGAAGGUGCUGUGGCAGGGAACGGAGGAUCUGUCUCUUCCUGGGGUCGAACAUGAAGGUACUGGAAUCUCCUGGCUGGUUAACUGUCAUUUUUCCUCCGUCAUGGUGUGAACGUGGAUUAUUAGGCUGUAUCUUCCAACCACUACCAAGAUGACCACUCGGUUCUAACCAAACCCAGCAGUCACAGACAGUUUUUCCUUAAGAGCUUCAACCCCUAACCAAUGUCAAAACGCCCAAAAUGAUUGUUAGCAAUUUACCUUUACACAGUGAUGUCACGUUGUGCCAUGUUCAAUGUUGUAUAUUAGAAUCAAUAGAAAAAUGAACAUGUAUUUUAUGUGAGAAAGUAGCCUAGCUUUAGGUAAACAUCAGGGACCUGUCAAUGUAUAAUGUCUGCAUGCGCCAUUUCUGAAAAUUGCGCACGUACAAAAAUUAUAGAGAUUUAUAAACUUGGCAAACUCCAUACAUAAGCAUGUUUCUCGUUAUAAAUCAGACAUGUCAUAAAACUACGUGCGUGAACUAGCAUUAGUACUCCGCCUGAAAAACGCUCUCCAUUCUCCUUUUGUGGUGACAAUAACGCCCUUUUAUUUUAGGUAUAAUUUGGAACUAUUGGCAUUAGGCCACGGCAUGCAAAAGACUUUCAAUAUUUAUUUUAUCAAUAGAUGAUUGGAUUUCCAUGUGCUGCCUUGGUAUAGGCUAUGAGAUUAAAUGGGCAUUGAUGUCGCGCUCCUAUCGCACACCAAUACUUUAGCCUACCCAUACUGUCAACUAUGUUACGGAAAGCCAUCGGUGUAUUUACUGUGUUGGCAGGAUGUUUUAAUCUUCAGCAGUAAUUUAUGCUGUAUCUGAAAAAGGACUGUCAGUUUCUGAAUGAGGAAAACAAUAGCAAAUUGUUGUGGACUUGUCUGCAGAACGUUUGAAAUCAACUAUGUUUUGCAUUGACUUUUCCUCCAACCUAAAUAUGGACUGUCCGCGAAUUGUUAGACAUUGUCUAAGGCAGGCUACUAAAAAAAUGCAAUUACAGUACAGUAGCUUACUAAGGCCUACUUCAAUGUAAAAUAUAAACUGUUCACCUGUUAAAUUCGACUGCAUAACGGUAUUAUAAACCGCACUGCCUAUGAUAUUGCAAAACUUGAAAUACAUACAGCCUAUCUAUUUACUAGGCUACUAGGUCUAAUUAAAUGAGAGAUGCGCGUGGUAAUUUGUUGUAUGGCUCCCUCAGGAAUAUGAACCCAUCAUGGCCAGAAAAGGUGACAAAUAUAUUCUGCAAUGGUUAUGAAUAUAAAAUAAAUAGGAAAAAGAUUCCUAUGUCGAAUUAUUUUAGAUUCUAAAAGUAAACUUUUUGAUCUUCUCAGUAAUGGUAAAUGGCUGUAUUCUUGUUUUAUUUUUAUACUGUUUUAUGAAUAUGCUUUUCAUCAUAUCCCCGAUUUGAACAAAUUAAUUACUUGCAAUACAAUAUUUCAACCACUAGCAGAUGUGCGUACGCAUUGUCUAGAAUUAGGCAUUGUCAAAUCUUUUUUUAUAAAUGCCAACUUUUGCGUGAACUUGCCACGCACAUUUUGGGGUAUAUUUUGUAUGUACAGUGGCUUGCGAAAGUAUUCACCCCCCUUGGCAUUUUUCCUAUUUUGUUGCCUUACAACCUGGAAAUAAAAUGGAUUUUUUGGGGGGGGUUUGUAUCAUUUGAUUUUCACAACAUGCCUACCACUUUGAAGUUGCAAAAUAUUUUUUAUUGUGAAACAAACAAGAAAUAAGACAAAAACAGAACUUGAGUGUGCAUAACUAUUCACCCCCCCAAAGUCAAUACUUUGUAGAGCCACCUUUUGCAACAAUUACAGCUGCAAGUCUCUUGAGGUAUGUCUCUAUAAGCGUGGCACAUCUAGCCACUGGGAUUUUUGCCCAUUCUUCAAGGCAAAACUGCUCUAGCUCCUUCAAGUUGGAUGGGUUCCACUGGUGUACAGCAAUCUUUAAGUCAUACCACAGAUUCUCAAUUGGAUUGAGGUCUGGGCUUUGACUAGGCCAUUCCAAGACAUUUAAAUGUUUCCCCUGAAACCACUCAAGUGUUGUUUUAGCAGUAUGCUUAGGGUCAUUGUCCUGCUGGAAGGGGAACCUCCGUCCCAGUCUCAAAUCUCUGGAAGACUGAAACCGGUUUCCCUCAAGAAUUUCCCUGUAUUUAGCGCCAUCCAUCAUUCCUUCAAUUCUGACCAGUUUCCCAGUCCCUGCCGAUGAAAAACAUCCCCACAGCAUGAUGCUGCCACCACCAUGCUUCACUGUGGGGAUGGUGUUCUCGGGGUGAUGAGAGGUGUUGGGUUUGUGCCAGACACAGCGUUUUCCUUGAUGGCCAAAAAGCUCAAUUUUAGUCUCAUCUGACCAGAGUACCUUCUUCCAUAUGUUUGGGGAGUCUCCCACAUGCCUUUUGGCAAACACCAAACGUGUUUGCUUAUUUUUUUCUUUAAGCAAUGGCUUUUUUUCUGGCCACUCUUCCGUAAAGCCAAGCUCUGUGGAGUGUACGGCUUAAAGUGGUCCUAUGGACAGAUACUCCAAUCUCCGCUGUGGAGCUUUGCAACUCCUUCAGGAUUAUCUCUCUGAUUAAUGACCUCCUUACCUGGUUUGUGAGUUUUAGUGGGCGGCUCUCUCUUGGCAGGUUUGUUGUGGUGCCAAAUUCUUUCCAUUUUUUAAUAAUGGAUUUAAUGGUGCUCCGUGGGAUGUUCAAAGUUUCUGAUAUUUUUUUAUAACCCAACCCUGAUCUGUACUUCUCCAUAACUUUGUCCCUGACCUGUUUGGAGAGCUCCUUGGUCUUCAUGGUGCCGCUUGCUUGGUGGUGCCUCUUGCUUAGUGGUGUUGCAGACUCUGGGGCCUUUCAGAACAGGUGUAUAUAUACUGAGAUCAUGUGGCACUUAGAUUGCACACAGGUGGACUUUAUUUAACUAAUUAUGUGACUUCUGAAGGUAAUUGGUUCCACCUGAUCUUAUUUACAUAUGCAAUCACCACUUUUCCGUUUUUUUUUUUUUUUUUUUUCAUUCCACUUCACCAAUGUCCAUUACAUAAAAUUAAAAUUAAAAUCAAUUUAAAUUACAGGUUGUAAUGCAACAAAAUAGGAAAAACGCCAAGGGGGAUGAAUACUUUUGCAAGGCACUGUAUGCACGGUUUAUAAAUGAGGCCCCAUGAUGUUGUUGUUUGUGUUGCAUUUUUUUCUCUCCUAAUUAGUAGGUUGACAGUCCCUUUCAUUUCCUUGCAGCUCGAGUCCCCAAGAAAAUCCUCAAGUGCAAAGCUGUGUCCAGAGAGUUAAAUUUCUCUUCGUCAGAAAAACUGGAAAAGUUCCGCCUUGAGCAGAAGGUUUUCUUCAAAGGCCAGUGCUUAGAAGGUACUAGUCUCUUUUUUCUGUUUCAAUAAUCAUGCUUUUUAUAUACAGGUAACUGCCAAAAUAAAGGAAACACCAAUAUAGUUUCUUAAUAGGGCAUUGGACCAACACAAGCCACCAGAACAGCUUCAAUGCGCCUUGGUAUAGAUUCUAGAAGUGUCUGGAACUCUUUUGGAGGGAUGCGACACCAUUCGUCUACGAGAAAUUCUAUAAAAAAAUAAAAAUAAUUAUGGUUGUGGAAAAUGUUGUCUCAGGCCACGCUCCAUAAUCUACCAUAAGUGUUUAAUUGGGUUGAGAUCUGGUGACUGAGACACACGCACACACACACACACAUUAAACCUGCUAUGCUCUUUUGAGACUCCUCUUUCCAUGGUAGCCAAAAUAAUGGGGUAUUGGGCAUUUUCAUACAUGAUCUUAAGCAUGACGGAAUGUUAAUAGCUUAAUUAACUCAGGAACCACACCUGUGUGAAAGCAACUGCUUUCAAUAUAUACUGAACAAAAAUAUAAAUGCAACAAUUUCAAAGAUUUGACUGAGUUACAGUUCAUAGAAGGAAAUAAAUUCAUUAGGCCGUAAUCUAUGGAUUUCACAUGACUGGGCAGGGGUGCAGCCAUGGGUGGGCCUGGGAGGGUAUAGGCCCACCCACUGGGGAGCCAGGCCCAGACAAUCAGAAUUAGUUUUUCCCCACAAAAGGCCAUAAUUACAGACAAAUACCUUAAUAGGGCGUUGGACCAACACAAGCCAGAACAGCUUCAAUGCACCUUGGUAUAGAUUCUAGAAGUGUCUGCAACUCCGUUGGAGGGAUGCGACACCAUUAAGCCGGAUGUGGAGGUCCUGGGCUGGUGUGGUUACAUGUGGUCUGCGGUUUUGAGGCAGGUUGGACGUACUGCCAAAUUCUCUAAAACGAUGUUGGCCUUAUGGUAGACCAAUUAACAUUAACGUAUCUGGCAACAGCUCUGUUUGACAUUCCUGCAGUGCCCGCUCCCUCAAUUUGAGACAUGGAUUAUUUUGGCAAAGGAGAAAUGGUCAGUGACAGGGAUGGAAAGCUUUUUGUGCAUAUGGAACAUUUCUGGGAUCUUUUUAUUUCAGCUCAUGAAACAUGGGACCAACAAUUUGCAUUUAUAUUUCUGUUCAAUAUACUUUGUAUGCCUCAUCUUUGCAGUUACCUGUAUCACAUAUUAUCCAUUAUAUUGACCAUCUGGUCGCUCUAACAAGUAAAUGUCUUCAAAAAUGGCAGUCGGGAGGAGGCAAGAUCAGGUGGGACCAUUCUAGCCAAUGAGAGGACAGAUACGCGUGUGACCAACAUGACACAACGGUUACCACAGCUACAAAAUCAAAAUUGGCUAUAUCGUAAAAAUUAUAAGAUUAGUGUAAGGCAUAAGGUUAGCAGUGUGGGUAAUGUGAGGUUUAAAAUCACAUUUUAAGAAGACACAUUUUAGAAAUAGGUGGGGUUUAUGACUUUGUGGCUGUGGUAACUAGUGUCGACCAGGCACAAUUCCGAUGUUUUUUUGUAGUUGCCAGGAUUUCAUGUGUCCUACUUAUAUCAGUACACUCGUAACAACCAAAUCAUUACGAAACUUCUACUCGGUCUAAUAAGCCACGCAUAGUAAAUAAGCCAGUACAUUUGUUGUUAACCAAAUUCGACACUCAUUGACCUCCAUACAAAAACUCCUCGCUUGGUGAGCGAAAAAGUUUAAUGUCAACGCCACCUGCUGGAGAAGAUAGAUUUUGGGCUCAGUUAUCCCUCUAGCAUCGCCUCUUCCUUUCUGCCUGUAUGUACUAAAGAAUACAAUAUCCGUGAAUAAACACUCAUUUAAUGUAUUUUGGAUGGCUCUCUCCUCUACCUGCAGAAUGGUUCUUUGAGUUUGGCUUUGUGAUUCCCAACUCCACAAACACAUGGCAGUCUUUGAUAGAGGCGGCUCCAGAGUCGCAGAUGAUGCCCGCAAAUGUUUUAACGUAAGAGUUAAUAUAUAUAUUUUUUAUAAACUAUUUCAGCCUUUUUGCAUUUCUCUGCAUGCGUUGUUGGGACUUCUGGUCAUUGUCCUACAUUUGUGUUGUGCAAUUGUUUGUCAGUAGUAUAGAACUGUCACUCACUAGGCUGCAUCUUGAAUAAGUCAUGAGGCUACAUCCAAAUAUUCCUUCAUACUUUAUCUAUUCUACACCAAACUUCCUGUAAACUGCAAUGUCCUUGUUAUGGGACUGCUUUGUCUCAUAUUUUGCAGCUAGAGGUUAGCGUGUGUUGAAUUGUAAUGUUUUUUCGUUUCUCUCCCUUGCAGUGGAAACGUUGUUAUAGAGACCAAGUUCUUUGAUGACGAUCUUCACGUCAGCACCUCCCGAGUACGACUUUUCUAUGUC